AUGUGCGCUGAAGAUGCUAUUUCUUGGAUUGAUUUGAUUGAGAAGUCAAUAUUAGAAAGGCCGUUUUCGAGUACACCUGGCUCCUAUCCUUCGUUGUUGCUGAAAUCAUUAGCACUUCUUCUGUUCUGGCCAGAUUGGCAGGUCAGAAAAAGAGCAUCGCUCACCGUUGAGAGAAUCUUGAUAAUCGAAGAAUCCCACUUUGCUGAAGCUCUUGCUGAUGUGAUUUUCACGGAAAGCAUUAGCGGAAUUAUCGAUCAGACCCUCAGAAAGGUGCGAACUAAUCAUUCUGAUCCGUCCACUUUCACCAUCCCGGGCGAGUGGUAUGUUCAAGUACUGCGGCUGCUCCUCAUGCCUAAAGGACCCGAACUUGAAAAGCUAGCAAUUCAUACUCUACUUUUAGCGUCAGUUCCACGACUGGGUUGGAAUUUCUGCUUUUUAGCUCUCGUAACCACUAUAAUCGAUGCGAUUUUAGUGGAAGUUGAUGGUUCUGUCUGGCUAAGAUGGGUGCACAGUCAAGCGGAUAGUAAUCAUUGGAAGGAAAGCGAGAUGUUUAGAAAAACAGCUAUUGAUCGAGUGCUCCAAUGCCCAGAUCGCAAAGUGCGGGAUAAUGCUUUGAUUACUUUGGUAGCUUUGAACGUUCCUUCUGUGCGAAGCGCUUUAUGGGCUCAUAUUGAAAAUAGCAUCAAUGAUCUUGAUGUCAACGAGUAUGUGAGGAUUCCGGAAAGAAAUGUGGCAAUAUUCCACUGUCAGGAAGGACAUUUGUACAACACUGAGGUGUUUAUCGGUUUUGCUUUUGUUAUUGCCUGUUAUAUUGUUCUCAAUCCUGUUUUACCACUUUCCUUUAGUGACGAAGGAGAAAUCACGUACAAUAUGAAGCGAGAAAACAAGGCAUAUAGCUUCCGAGACCAAUUGGCUGAAAUGCACCUCAGACGAGAACUUGCGGAAAAGAAGCGUAAGGAGGGCAAACUAACUGCUGCUCAGAAGCAAGUCAUGGAAAAAGAACUUGCAAAAGAGAAGGAAAUUCGUAUUGAAAUGCGUCAUAUGUAUGACACUGCAGAGGUUAAGCUUGAUGAGGCCAGGGCAAUGGUGGCCGCUGAUAACCAGGGUGCAUUCGCCAGGUGGGUAGGACAUUCUGCCAAAUAUGGACUUUUGCAUCAGCAGGAUAAUGUUAGACCCGAGCUUCUUUUCAACUUCUGCAUCCCCUUAACUCGAAGCCAUCUAGUGAGCAAGGAGGCAGCCCAGUUAUUCCUUGCUUACAGAGAUAUUGCUUUUCCUCAUACAGAAGAUUACUUAGAUGAGUUGCUUGGCAGCACAAUACUACGUGUCAUCGGCUCACAUUGGCGUAUUGCUGAUUGGGCAGAAGAACCACUUCCAUCAGCGCUAGACCGUAGUUUGCAACUGCUAAAUGAGCGUGCUUUUGUAGUAGAAACUGGUGAUGAUGUAAGUGCAAAGUGCAAGUACAUUGAUAUGUCGUGUAACAGUUGAUU